AUGCGGGGCCGGCUGCUGGCGCGGCUGCGGCGGCGGCGGCGACUGCUGCGGCUGCUGCUGGCCCUGGGCGCCCUGGCCCUGGGGCUCUGGGCCGCUUACCUGGAGCUAGUGGCGGCCGCGGCCGGCGGCGGGGCUCCCCCGGACCGCGGAUAUGAAAGCUGGAGGGAGCUGGCUAAGGCUCUGGCAGGCACCAAUGACCCAGGUGGGAGCCCAAGCCUUCAGUUUUCCUAUCCACAGAAACUGGAACACCAGAGCCAAGAGCUGCCAGGAGGUAGGAGGAAUGAAUCAAAUGCUGCAGCUGUGGACAGCCCUGUCCCCUGGAUGCCAGAGUUCCAGGGUCUGGCCAAUCUGCACGUGUUUGAGGACUGGUGUGGCAGCUCCAUUGAGCAGCUCAGGAGGAACCUCCACUUUCCCCUCUUCCCCCACACUCGAACCACCCUGAGGAAGCUGGCAGUGUCCCCCAGGUGGACCAACUAUGGCCUCCGCAUAUUUGGCUACCUGCAUCCUUUCGCCGACGGGGAGUUUCAGUUUGCCAUUGCUGCAGAUGACAAUGCUGAGUUCUGGCUGAGUCCAGAUGAGAAGACUUCAGGUCUGCAGCUGCUGGCCAGUGUAGGCAAGACAGGGAAGGAGUGGACUGCGCCAGGGGAGUUUGGGAAGUUUCACAGCCAGCAGUCAAAGAUGGUGAGGUUGUCAGCUGCAGGCAGGUACUAUUUUGAGGUGCUGCACAAGCAGGAUGACAGAGGAACAGACCAUGUGGAAGUAGCAUGGAGAAUGAAUGACCCAGAAGCCAAGUUCAAAGUCAUUGACUCCAAAUACCUCUCCCUUUUUGCUAAUGAGACACUGCUAAAGAUGGAUGAGGUCAAGCACAUCCCUCAGACGCUGGCCAGCCACAGGAGCAGGCCUGAUGACAGCACAGGCAGCAGGGCACACCCAGCUGACAUGCUGAAGCCUGACCCUCGGGACACUCUUUACCAAGUGCCUCUGCUGAGCAGGUCUCGUGUGCACCGCGCCUUGCCGGACUGCCCAUACAAGCCCAGCUACGUGGUGAAUGGAUUCCCUCUGCAGCGCUACCAGGGCCUCCAGUUUGUUCACUUAUCCUUUGUUUACCCGAAUGAUUACAGCCGCCUGAGCCACAUGGAGAAAGACAACAAAUGCUUUUAUCAGGAAAGCCCUCAUUACUUGGAAAGAUUUGGGUUCUACAAGUACAUGAAAAUGGAUCACCCAGAGAAGAGCCUAGACUCCAGGGAAAAGACAGAGCAGCCAGGCUCCCAGGAGCGGAACGUGGAUGAUCUGCAGUAUGUGGAGCAGGAGGUGGAGGUCACCAGCCCCUCGCAGCACCCCGAGGUGGGGAGGGCGGCGCCGGCAGGCAGCACUCCCAGCAGCCGCAGCCUCCGCCGGGACUCUUCCCUGCCGGAGCGGCGCCGGCUCCUGUCCCUGCCGGAGGAUGGCACGGGAGAGGGGACACAGACCAGGAGCACGAAGAGGGCCGGCUUCAAAUCAGCCGUGAUGGCCUCUGCCAACCAAAGCUUCGGCCAGGCUGGUCUAGAGGGGAACCCAGAAACGAGGAGACCUGGUUUCAAAGGGGGUGUCAGAGCCAGCUCCAGGAGCCCUGCACAGCGUGGCAGGGCCGUCCAGGACCGAGUGCCGCUCAGAAAGGCAAACGCUCCGUCUGGGGCUGUGUCGCAAAGGCAGCGACCUCUCGGCAACCCCAGGGACUCAGGGGUCAUGAUUCCCAGAAGGAUGAGACCUCAAGGAGACCUCAGCACCACUAAGGAUGGGCUGCAGGCAGCAGGCUCCAUGCCAGCUGGGAAAGGAGGCCCAGGCUCUGUCAAGGGCACCAGACGUGCCGUGAGCAUUGCCAGCCCCAGCCAGGGGCCUGGGCUGUCGCAGUGGCUGAACCAAGUGCAGUCCUACAUUGCCGAGCAGAAGGCAGCCAAUGGUGGGGAGGUGGGCCAGCCAGAGGCACAGGUGGCAUCUCCUGUGAAGGGCAAGCCUGAACCUGUGACAGCAGGAGAGGAAGACGCGGAUGGAGAGCCAGAGGAAGAAGAGGAGGAGGAUUUUGACUAUGUAGCAGUGUUUGACCAGGCGGUGAAGUGGGAGCAGACCUUCAGCGCAAGCAAUCUGGACUUCCACAUGCUGCGUACAGAUUGGAUCGACCUGAAAUGCAACACCUCAGGAAACCUGCUGCUGAGAGAAAGGGAGGCCCUGGAGGUCACACGUGUCUUCCUGAGGAAGCUCAACCAGAGGAGCAAAGGGCGGUUCCAGCUGCAGCGGAUCGUCAACGUGGAGAAGCGGCAGGACCGCAUGCGGGGCAGCCGCUACCUGCUGGAGCUGGAGCUGUGGGAGCAGGGCCGCCGCCUCGUCCGCCUCUCCGAGUACGUCUUUGCCCGCGGCUGGCAGGGCCUGGCCGGCGACCAGGAGGAGGAGAGGAAGAUGAGGAACCUGGCCUGGGGUCGCCGCCGGCACCUGAUGGCUGCGGCGAACGAACCGGAGCUGUGCUGGCCCCAGGGCUUCUCCUGGAACCACCAAGCUGUGGUGCACUUCGUGGUGCCAGUGAAGAACCAGGCACGCUGGAUGCUGCAGUUCAUCUCUGACAUGGAAGAGCUGUUCCGAGUCACUAAGGAUCACUACUUCAACGUCAUCAUCACAGACUACAGCAGUGAUGACAUGGAUGUAGAGAAGGCUCUGAAAAGGUCUGCACUGCACAGCUACCAGUACUUGAAGCUGAAAGGGAAUUUCGAGCGUUCUGCUGGGCUGCAGGCCGGGAUAGACCUUGUGACGGACCCGCACAGCAUCGUUUUCCUGUGUGACCUCCACAUCCACUUCCCAGCUGGAGUCAUUGACUCGAUCCGGAAGCACUGCGUGGAAGGCAAGAUGGCCUUCGCCCCCAUGGUCAUGAGGCUGCACUGCGGCAUGUCCCCGCAGUGGCCUGAGGGCUACUGGGAGGUGAAUGGGUUUGGUCUCCUGGGCAUAUACAAGUCUGACCUGGACAAGAUUGGAGGCAUGAACACAAAAGAGUUUCGGGACCGCUGGGGAGGAGAGGAUUGGGAGCUCCUGGACAGGAUCUUGCAGGCCGGGCUGGAAGUGGAGCGCCUGUCCCUGAGGAACUUCUUCCACUGGUUCCACUCGAAGCGGGGCAUGUGGAACCGGCGCCAGCUGAGGACGCUGUGACCUCGGCCCCCCGCUGCGGGGCAGCACCGGCCGCGCCCGGCUCAGCCUGCUCCUCGGCGAGGCACGCAGCUGAGCCCUCGAACUCUGCCUCCAGAGCCCCGCCAGGGGAUGGCACAGCCCAGGAGGGGGUGGCCAGGCGAGAGGAGUGGGAGCUUCUCUUGUGAGCUGUUGCAUCCAAGAUGCAGGAUCUGUGUCUCGCUGGGAAGAAGCGCAAGGGAGACACCAUACUACGUGAAGGGCUGGUGUGUCCUGCCAUGCAGCCUGCUGGGUGGUGCAGUGGGAGAGGUGCCAGAGUUCCCAUCCAGUCUGGCAUGGUGCAAACGAAACAAACAUGAGUCCCAGCUAAGCCCAGAAUCAUUUCUGUAGAGCAGCACAGCUUCUCUUCUAAUACUUGAAUGAAAAGAGAGGAAACCCAGCCCUGCUCACUUCCCCUCCUUCCCUGUUUCUCCAGUAUCCAUGCUUCUGGACAGGGGACCAAAGUGAGUUCUCUCAACUGUGUUGUGUCCAUAUUUCCAUGUGCUGACCCAAGGAAGUCUGUACAUGGAGGAGCUGGUAGGCACUUUAGGCUGCUGGUGCUUAGAUGUGUCUCUGUGCUUUUCACUGAGUCAUGAUGAAAAACUGUGCUCAUAUCCAGCAGGCUGUGGGGCAUGGAUGGAGAUGCAGGUCGGCUUCCCUUAUGAGCGCCACAUUUGCCUGCAGCUGGGUCAGGUUGGAGCAGCAGGGGUUGAAGUUGCAACUCCACUUAAAUUAUUGAUCCACUGCCUGAGGAUAGUGGAAUGUUACACAGAGAAGCUAGAAGCAUCUCAGGAGGAACUUUGCAGCCUUAUCUGACAGACAUAUGUUUGUCCUAACGAUAUCAGGGAAACCCUAGCAGGGAAGAAGUGGCAAUAUUUUAUUAGUUGAAAUGUUGUGAUUUUGUCAGAAAAAGAGGAGACAGAGUAUUCUGCUCUCUAAAUCCUGUACAUGUAUGCAGCAUCUAAAGGUUAAUUUAAUAAGUUAUGGCCUCACAGUUAUGUCUUGUCUUAGUUUGAUUGUUAUGUAAGGAGAAGGCUUCUUGACUGCAGAACCAGCACAGCUGUUGAUGCUUCACCUCUGGGACAGCCCUGUGAGCUCUGGCCUGGUAGGCAGGCCUUGGCACAUGCAUUGUGUGUGAAGAACAGCAAGAACAGGAGAGAGGAUGGGCAGAUCUGUGUGAGCAGUGACCCAAGAACUGUGGAAGUAGCCCAUGUCCAUAGCUGUCCUGAUGCUACAGGGAGUUCCUGUCCUCUGACACUUCGGUUAACCUAAGGCGAGGUGUUGAACCCCUGGAGCCAUUUCACAGGGGUAUGGAAACCCAGGGAUCCCAGCACACUCCAUGCUCUACGCUGGAGCUCCACGGUCCCCAUACCAUCCUGAAAAGGUCUCCAGCUUGAGGGGAGAGCAUGCCUCGGGAUGAUGCUCGUGGUGCUCCGCUGGGAGCAUUGAGCAGUGAGUCAUGGAGGUGUGAAGGACUCAAGCCAUGCUGACUUGGUACUAGAGCUGUUUGCUUUUUGCAAGCCAAUUCAGAACAGACAUUCAUUCAUUAUUAAUGCUUGACAAGUCCAUCAGGUUCCACUGUUGCAGUGGGAAGCUGCACGCUCAAGUUGAGGCACGUGAGGCAGACAUCUUGUCAGAUCAUCUGCUUGCCUCGGUCUGGGCCUUGGGACUGACAGAGGUAGGCAAAGUCAGUUACAUUUCAGAACGUUUCCCUGUCCAGCGUGCAGCCAUGGGGAGAGGCAGCUGUGUCUCUGCACGUACAGAACCUUCCUCAGCAUGCAGACUCUGGUUUCCUCAGGAGAGGCAGCCACAGCCUUCUGGCCAGGCCACAGCAGACUCUUUACCGAGGAAGGUAUCGGUGUCUCUGAGCAGAGACUAAGAAACGGAACGUGGCUGCUGAGGUGAGAGCUCUGAGGCUGACACCAGUCUGCACUGUUGUUCUGUUUAAUUUCUUAAUGCACCAGAGGAGUUCAGGAGGGCAGAGCCAGUGAUGUGCUGUUGCAGUACGUCCUGUGCCGUGCAGCAGCCCUGCCGCGGGCCCCUGCCAGAGCCGCGCUGCCUGCAGACACCGGCACAGCCCUGCCAGGGUGCAGCUCAGCUGCUCUCCAGCCGCCAGGACUCUGCCUCCACAGCCUGCCCAGGCUGGCUCCCUCACGCAAUCCCUGUGGAAUGGGGAGAGGCUGUUGGGGAGGGUGAGCGCUGGUACACAAGACCCAGCUGUGAGGCUUAACCAAGUAGGGAAUGGCAUGAGGCCCAUUCUGCCCAUGGGAGCUGAUGGAUGCAGUGGUGGCCCUCGUGCCAUGCACAGGGAGGAAGGUUUAUUGGUACCACGUGCUGUCACAUCCGGCUUCAAUGUGAUCUGCAGCACCUUCAGUUGGCAGCUGGCAUUCAUCUGCAGACACUGGGAAGAAUUAGGUGCAUCCAGAGGGUGACUCACUUGGCUUAAAUAGUACAGGUAGCCUCUCUUCCUCACCAGAGAGAGCAGCCAGAAGAGAGUGGAUCUGGAAGUAGGCUGCCACCCUCAGAAGGAUUCACCCCCAUGCUUUAGCCAUGAGUGUGUGCUCCUCCCUUCAAGCCUUGUAACCCAGGCUGGUGACAAGCAGAACUCUUACCUCAAGAGGACUUUUGGGUGAAGUUGUAAGGAGUUAGUGGUUUCAGUUUCCUGAUAGUUGGUGUCCCCACUGCCAAAGCUGCCAUCACAAAUGUUCUUCCCUUUCUGAAGCAGUGGGGGUUCUUAGCUGGUGUUUAAGCUUUGUAGUAAUUACCAAUUAAGAUGAUUAAUACUAAUUGGCACUACUUGGCAGCCUCUAUGGAGGAGCAUGAAGAGAGCAUAUGGAGACUAAAGCUGCCUUCCAGCCCACAUACACAGAGACCACUGCAAGCUGUAGGGACCCAAGUGGCUACACACUCCCCAGCUUGCCAGCCAGCAGCACAUCCUGCAAGAAUGGUGCUGGGCUUUGCUCUGGGGCUGCUGCCCUUCUCCCAAAACAACCUGCAGGUCUUCUCCCCAAACAGCCAUGAGGAGUGGGGAAGCAGGGAGCAGGGCAGGAGCAGGUCAUCCCACAGCCAUACAGUGAGGAGACAUGGGCAGACAGGGCAGUGGCUGGGCCACCACGGCUGCUGGCACUGGUGCUGCACAGUGCGCUGCCACUGCGAGCAGGGCAGAGUCCUGGGUCCAGCAGAGCUCCCAGGGGGCAAGAGGCAGUGUGUCUUCACCAUGGCCAGAUAGCUGACUCCUCCUGACAGUUGAUCUCAUUUUUGUCACCAGGAUGUUUUGGGAAGCUGUGCCUGAGUUUGCAGUGAAGGUUGCCCCCAGUUUGUGCCUUCCUGUGCACCCUGGCCGUAUCCUGACGCUGCGGCAGGAGGAAGCCAGCUGCGUGGAGUUUCCUGUGCAUCCUGCAGGCAGACAGCUGGGGAGGUGAUGGGCCAUGCUGCAGGGGAGACCUUCCUCUGAGGCAGGAGGUGGGCAGACUGGGGACCCUGGGCCCCCAGGGGCAGGUUGU